AUGGGGAUUCAAGGUGUUUCUCUUUUCUUGCUCCCCGUAUUGGGUGCGCUUAUAUUAGACUUUAUUUAUCGUUUAUAUCGUCGGAGACAGCGAUUUAAGAACUUGCCCAAACCACCACAUAGCUUCCUAUGGGGCCACCUUAAAGUCAUGGGCGAAAUCGCUAGCCAGUUGCCUCCGAAUAACCACCCACAGGCGUAUAUCACUGCCAUUGCGCAGAAGUAUGACCUGAAGGGUAUCUGGUACCUCGAUCUGUGGCCCAUAGCGGAUCCGCAAGUCAUCCUAACAGAACCAGAGCUUAUGGACGCAGUGCAGGUAACAAGAGUAUACAAUCAGCACCGGAUCUCCCAGGAGCUGAUGUCAAGUAUAAUCGGCGAAAAUGUUGUCGCAACCGUGAAUGGGCCUAUGUGGAAAAAGCUUCACAAUGCAAUGGCUCCAGCAUUUUUACCCUCCUAUGUCAGAACACUCACAGAUCUCAUGGCCGAUGAGACGAUGAUCUUUAGGGAAGCUCUAAAAAAGCUCGCGAGCGGCCGUCAAGUCUUCUCCAUGGAGAAUGAGUUAUCUAAGCUGAUAUUCGAUAUUGUUGGUCGGGUCGUCUUCAAUUUCCCACUUAACGCACAAACGCAGGGCAGCUCAUACCACGAAGACCUAAAGCAAACCAUCGGACUACUUAAUCUACAACUUUCUAUGAACCCGUUUGUUAAGCUACAGGUGGCACUGAAAAAAUGGUCUGUUCGGAAGCGGGUCGAUGCAUCUAUUGCUGCAAAAAUCCAGGAGCGUUUGGCCGCGCUUAGGAAUGAGAACAUCGUGCCUUCACGUAAAGAUCCUCUUAGCAUUCUCGAUUUGAUGCUCCGAGAAACGGUGUUGCAGGAUGGAACUCGAAAAGGUCUUAAAGCGGCCGAACUUCCUGAAGGAGAAUUGGAAUUAUUGAUAACAAAUAUGAAAGGUCUCCUACUCGGUGGGAUGGGAACAAGCGUCGACACGCUAUGCUAUGCUUACAUGCUCUUGUCAAAACAUCCAGAAGUUGUCCAGAAAAUGCUUGAAGAGCAGGAUGCUGUGUUUGGCAGAGACCUAGAGACAACCAUGGAAAACCUAAAGGAGUCGCCAGCAAAACUCAAUGAGCUAGAAUACACAACAGGCGUGAUAAAAGAGACGGUGCGGCUUUUCCCAGUUGGAUUUGGCGUCAAAGAAGCACCAGCAUGCGCAACGGUUUCGUACCAAGGCCGCGAGUACCCUAUCGAUGGCGGCCUAGUCAUCGUCCCCUCUUGGCACACUAUGCACUUCGACUCACGGUACUUCCCAGAGCCCAGCGCGUUCCGGCCUGAGCGAUUUCUGGGUGAAGGUGUUCCUCGUGGUUGGUUCCGUAGCUUCAGUCGUGGGCCGCGUGCUUGCCUGGGGCAAGAUCUCGCUAUGGACAUCAUGCGUGUGGUCCUGUUGCUCACUGUUCGAGACUUCCGCUUCGAAGUCGCUGGACUCCGGCCUAACCCGAAGCCUAGGUCGACCUACACGGACCUUGAUACCAUCUUUGGCGACAUCGUAUUCCAAGAGUUAUCAAUGGAGGCAAAGCCCAGGGAUGGUAUGAUGAUGACGGUUAGCGAGAAGGGGGGUGCGUUGUAG